UGUUUGUCACCUAAACUUAACCCAACUCAUCUAUGUAUUUUUUAGUGAAUUUUAAAAAAUAGUGCAGUAAUACCGCGAUGGUGGUUUGAAGGAUUUCGAAUCUUGCGUUUUAUUUUCAUCUUUUGCUGAAGGAAAUCUUCAUCGUAAUCAUUAGAAGAAGAUACAUAUUUCAAAAGGAUACUAUCUUUAUCUACAUCAUAAGGGGAAAAAAUAAUGGACAAAUCAAACGAACGAUAACGUAGACUAAAGUACAUGAAAUUUUUAUCGCAAUGAAUUUUCCGAUGCUCUUACCAAUACUAUUGACACCCUUGUUUAUAUUUUACCUGAACAUGAAUUACUCGAAUGCAAAAUCAGGUAAGGAAACCUGGAACGUGUUUUCAGAUGAAAGCGUCGAAAAGUUCUAUCACUUGGCAGUAGACGAAAAUGGAAGAUGGGUAUAUCUAACCGCGGCAAACCAUAUUUAUCAACUAUCAACAGAUCUCCAACUGCAAAUUAAUUAUACUAUAUCGGAACUCAGUCCUUCAGAUUGUACUGCUGCCAAUUGUUCACAUAAACUGAAACGAAAUACAACACGGUUUGGUUGGGCAGACGGAGACGUGCUAUUAUUGGACUAUCAAAAUCAGCGAAUGAUAUCGUGUUGGACAUUUUUCUUGGGUAUCUGCCAUGCUCACGAUAUCAGUAAUAUUUCGAAAAUCUGGAGAACUUGGUUUGAGCCUAUUGUAGAAAGCGAAUUAUCUAAUCCGAUUGUAGCCUUCAUAGCUCCCAGUUUAACGAAGAAUUCAUCGACACCACUGCAAACACUGUAUGCUAGUUGCACUCCUAUCACUACUAUCGGUAAUGUACGUAAGGCACAGCAAAAAUAUUUUUCUUCAGUUAUUACACAAAAUAGUACCUCCUAUUUUACGAGAAACGUGUGUUCCCCUUUACCCGGAGAUAUAUUAGUGUAUGGUUUCAGUUCCGAAAAUGUGGGCUAUUUUAUCGCCGGGAACAGUGCUCGGGAGCAUACGGCGAAUGGGUAUCUAAUUGUGAUAGAUACUAAUAAAAACAAUUCGUGCAAUAAAGUUUCUGUACUUUGCAGUUCAGGUCCAGAUGUGAAUACAGCACACAAGAUCGCAUAUGCCUAUAUACAAAAGCAAAAUCCAGAUUCUGGUUUAAAAACAGAUAUUCUGUACACGCUACAACAAGACUAUAACUUCGAAAUAGAGAUAAAAACUAUCGCAGUAUGUAGGCAUCAAAUGAAUAAAUUACAUUCUCAGAUUCAAAACAAUGAACCGCUGAUCGGAGAGCUGAUAUUUUUGCGAAGACCUGCUGAAGUAUGGGUGACAGCAAUGGUGGUUACUUCAAUUAACAAUUACACAAUUUUGUUUCUUGGUACAAGUAACAGCCAGCUACAGAAAAUAUCAAUAAAAGGAGUUGAUUCGCCAGAUAUGAACACUGCAAAUAGAUACGCAGAAAUAACGAUUGAUGCGGGAAGCAGAGUACAUAAGAAUAUGCUGUUUGAUUCUACAAUGAACUUUUUAUAUGUGAUGACCAAAAAUAAACUCACCAAAGUGAAAAUACAUAAUUGCGACGAAUAUAACACAUCACACGAAUGUUUGCUGAUAAGAGAUCCUUAUUGUGGAUGGUGUUUUCCUAGGAAUAGAUGUUGUUUGAAGUCAGAGUGUGAUGGUGAGCAAAAUGGCAUCGACUGGGUCUCGUUUGAUAUCGGUAAAUACAUAGACGCAUCUUCAAUAAAUCCAGAAUACACAUUCUCAAGAACAGCGAAAUUAAAAAACGUAACUUUCAAAUUUAUAACUCCGCAUCCGUUCAUCAACCAUACAAUAAUGUGUUUAUUCGAAUUCAGCAAUUUUUCUAUCAAUUCAACAACCAAAUGCAACGAAAAUAGUAUCAACUGCGUAAUACCGAUUCUUAAUCAUUUACCUCCAACACCCAUGGGUAAUCAUUCCAUAGGAGCUCAACUAUCAGUCCAGACCAACCAUUUGCCAGCAUUUCAAAAAUUUCUAAUUCAACUUUUUGAUUGUACAACAUACAAAUCGUGUUUCUCGUGUAUAACUUCUCCUUAUCCAUGUCACUGGUAUGCGAUUGAAUUUAGGUGCACAGAUAAUGCAACUUGGAAAGAGCAUUAUAUAGUAAUAGGUAUCAAUUUUAGCAGCAUCAUUUUCUCUCAAACAGAUGGUAAAUCAUUAUACGAUGGAAAUAAAUUCUCAAAAAACGCGACGUUUUGCCCACAGUUUUUCUUCAAAAAUAAAUCAGACAUUUACAUACCUGCUCAAACAGAAAAUACGCAACAAAUACAAGUGUAUUAUAGGACACCGGAUUCAUGGUAUCAUAUUGAUAGAAAAUAUACAUGCAAAUUUGUAUUUGACUCCAACGACAUAAAAUUUGCGGCCAUUUACGAUUACAAGUACAAAGACUCUGUUCAAGAAAAUGGUAUGAUUGAGGGAGAAUUCAAAUGUAAUGAUACAUUUUUCUACUCUGAAUCUAAACCUUUCAUAACAGUCGAAAUGUCUGUUUCAUUGAACGGAUCUAAACCACUUGAAAACAUGUACAACACACGUAUUAUCGUGUAUAAAUGCGAGCAUAUGGGCGAUCAAUGCACUGCAUGUCUGAAUAAUACGAACUACUCGUGUAUGUGGAAUUCCGAAACUGCAGAAUGCAAAUACUACAGCUUAAAUGAUACUUCCAACAUUACUGAUCUGUGGUUACGUGAUAUACGGGAGUGUUCAAAUUCAACAACCCUGCGAAAAAACCAAUCAACAAAUUGGCUAACAGAAAACAUACAUUUUAUAAUAACCCUAAUAGUGGCAGUAACGUUCACUGUAGUCGCAGUAUUCGUUAUUUAUUGUAGAGCAUCCGCAGUAAGAUCGCGAAAAAUGCAGCAACAAAUGAAUAAAAUGGGUAUGCAAAUUAUAUCUAUGUCACAAUGCGUAAAACGCGUGGUGAUUGAAAACGAAAUCGAGCUGGACGAAAAUGAAUCAGACAUACUGAGAUUACCGAACGUCAAUAUCCUAUAUGAACCUCUCCCGACACUGUCUGAAAAUGAAACUGAAUCGAAGAACGAAUAUGAAUUACCGCUGGAUGAAAAAUGGGAAAUUUCUCGAGAAAACUUAGUUCUAGGGAAAUUUCUAGGACAAGGAGAGUUUGGAAGAGUAGUCAAGGGAAACGUUUCAGGCCUUUUACAGCCUGAUAUCGUCACAACAGUAGCAGUAAAAAUGCUGAAAAAUGGCCACACUGACGAAGAUAUGGUAAAUUUAGUCAAAGAAAUGGAACUAAUGAAACUCAUCGGCAGACAUGACAAUGUACUCAGUCUACUUGGAUGCUGUACACAAGAUGGACCAUUGCUCAUCAUUACUGAAUACUCCUCACAUGGUAAUUUACUCGAUUUCCUACGAAACCACAACCGCGACUUAUCCACAACAGUUCAGGAAAUGACAUCGAUCGACUUGUCCGAAACUGUUCUAAUCAUGUUUGCUCAACAAGUAGCAAACGGCAUGGAAUACUUGGCUUCUAUAAAAUGCAUUCACAGAGACCUCGCUGCUCGAAAUGUAUUGGUAUUUGAUAAUCACAUCGUGAAAAUAGGUGAUUUUGGAUUAGCCAGAGAUAUUCGACAUGAAUACUAUUACAGGCAAAAAACCAAUGGUAAAUUUCCAGUUAAAUGGAUGGCCCCAGAAUCUUUGAAACAUUGUCGUUAUACAAUUCAAUCUGAUGUGUGGUCGUAUGGCAUACUAGUAUGGGAGAUUAUGACAUUUGGUACUGUUCCGUAUUUAGCAUACGAUGAUGCAGAAAAAUUGAUACAAGACAUUAAGGCUGGGUAUCGAAUGAACAAACCGGACGAUUGUCCAGAAAUGUUGUAUUGUCUAAUGCGUAAAUGCUGGAAUUAUCUGCCCAAGGAUCGGCCAAACUUUACAACAAUCGUUCAAGAGUUAGAUGCAAUACUAGCCAGACCCACAGAUAACGCAGGGAUGGAACAAUGUGAUCCUCAUUACUUAAACAUCAUCACCGCCACAGAAUCCGAUCACGAGGAAAGUGAAACCGAUAGCUUAUUAUCGAAUAGUUGUUGAAAAUUUAUAGUAUAGGUACCUGGUUUGUAAUUUGUAUUCUUAUUAAGUACCGAUGAUGUAAUAGUAAAGUUUCAUUUUCAACAUAAAUCCAAACCAAAAGUGAGCUGUAAGGGCAGGGAAGUGGGAGAGAAAAUCAGGAAUCUUUACCCAAAGGUAUUUUCAUUCAUUUUCCAUAAAAAAUGAAGAUUUUUGGUCGAAUAAUUAUGAGAUUUGUUUCUUCGAAAUGAGGAUUCUUUGAAAAUUGGAUUCGCAACUCUGAAAUUAUCAUUGAUUAAAUCAUUGACAUUUAUCUAUGUGUAUGUAUUUAUUUAUUCGUUCGUUCAUUUAUGUACUCAUAUUUUUUAUUUAUUUAUUUAUUUAUUUAUUUAGGUAUUAUCAUUUAUUUUUAUUUAUUGAUUCAUUUACUUAAUUCAUACUUUAAUAUUUUACUUAUUCAGUCAUUUAUUUAUUAUUUAUUUAUAUUCUAUUUCAUAUAUUAAGUUAACUGUAUAUUCAAAUUAUUAUCUCCUUGGGUAACUGAUUUU